ACGACGACGACGACGACGAGGACGACGUCGACGAGGAGUGAUGCUGCGCGACGAUCGAUGAUGCGUUCGUGACAGUACGUUCGAAUGUAUCCGCGAGCGAGAGUGAUCCGCGAGUUCUUGGCGUGACAGUGAAAUCCGGAUUACGUUGGACUCCACACGGACGUUAGCAAACGCCGGGCUCGGUGAGAACGGGCUCAGUCACUGGCUGAUGGACCAACGUUCGGGCAGAUCGUGAUCCUGAGAGCCGCGGUCGAUGCGAGACUGCGAUCUUGUGACUCGCGAUCCGCGGAUCAAAGUGCACGCGAGUGAUAACGUUGCGAGACCGCGGCGUGACAGCCAGCCUGAUCGUCCAUCGCCAGGUCCCCAUCGGAUCGGCAAUGGGACCCCCCGCGUCAUGGUGACCGUCGGAUACAUCAGGUACGGUUAAUCCGUCGUGAGGCAACGUCGCGACGCGGGAAGAGAAAAGGAAGGAGAGAAGAGACGGAAAGUCCGGCUAGCAGCGAGAGUACUGCACUUGCGAAUAUGGCUCGAGAGGAUGUGCGAGGAAUAACGUUUUCCUCUCGUGCGUGCUUGACACAUCGGCUUGAUCCCGUCGCACGGAAGCUUGUUGCACGACUCGCUGCUAAUCUCCCAUUUGUUCUCGCCGCGAUCGCCGUGGAAUCGGGAACGUCGCUUGAAUUUUCCACGGCAGGCGCGCGCGAUCGUUGGCGCGAUUUCACGGUAACGUGCGAACUGCGUGCGAUUCAUCUCGGCGAGCUGGUCACGAGGAGCGCGAGACAAUGGGGUUGCGUGCGAGAUCCCGCCGGCGGUAAGAUUCGCACAGAGUCGGGGUGUUAGCGCACAAUUUUAUUCGCGAGUUUUACAUGUCAUGAGCGGACGACUACGGGCGUCUCGCAACGGGCAAGGAUAAAGUGCUCGCGCGUAGGAUAUCGCAAGUGAUGAAAUAUCACUCCCUCGUCAAUCUAAAACGAAAACAUUAAUAAAACGAGGCGGAAGCAGGGCAGAGGGAGCGCGGGGGGGAGGGGGCGGUGGGGAAGAGAGUCGCCCUUGGCCGUCAUUAUUUACGGAGUAUAGAGUUUCGCGCGGCUAACAAGAUCUUCGUCAUCUUGAUCGCCCCGCGAAAUAAGAAGAGCGCGGCACGUCGCCGGGCUAUAUUUCGCGGACUCUUCUCUUUAGCGAUUCAACGCGAACGCUCCGACGGCGGUCGGGCCUCCGUGGGCUACAAAGAGAGGAGGUACAAAUGGUCAUCUAGAUGGACGCGCGAGAUCGUUGAAUAGAGCGCGAGGAAGGUAUCGAGACACCCGGGCAUCGGAUACUCUCUCCUCGUGCCUGCGCGGCAGAAAGGCUGCGCGACGAAGGGAUGUUCGCCGAUCGGCAAACACUCCCGUCGGAGACCUUAAUUGUUUGCCUUGAAUUUUGCCGCCGGUCCCAAGAGACGGGACCAUUAUACGGGCGCAGAAAUUGCCAAGUCAAACAGACCUCUCCUUUUCGCUGGACGAUGGUGCAAGGGUUAAGCUAGGGUACUCCAAGUACUCGCGCGCGCCACAGCGGUAGCUGAUUCCGCGUGCGGGGGUUGCGUGUACGCGCGAUAGGACGUGUAGUGGGAGUACGCGCGCGGUGUUGUGUGAUACACGAGGUCAAGGGCGGCGGCGUGCGGAAAAGGGUCGCCAGUGACGGUGUGUGUGUGUGUGUGUGUGUGUCCGCACGGUGCUUCCUUUUGUCUGCUUUCAGACGACGGCGGCGGCGAACCGGCGGCCACGAGGAUGCCGAGGGGAUGACGUCCUCCCCGCUCGUUUACUGACGCAAUCCCGCCCGGAUAACGCAGACGACUGGCAGGAUGCUGCCGCGCGCGCUUCUGCCGUUGAUCGUCGUCCUCCUCGUGCAGCUACGUCAUCGUGUCAUCUGGGCUUCCCUAGAGAACACCGGGAUGUCCGAUAGGCUGGAGAACGUUACGCAGACAAUUUCGAGAAUACUCGACGGCUACGAUAUUCGAUUAAGGCCGAACUUCGGCGGUGAUCCGUUGCUGGUCGGAAUGGAUCUCACCAUCGCGAGUUUCGACGCGAUCUCAGAAGUCAAUAUGGAUUACACGAUAACGAUGUACUUGAAUCAAUAUUGGAAGGACGAGAGACUCGCCUUUUCGCACGAGGGCGAGGUCCUGACGCUGAGCGGUGACUUCGCGGAAAAGAUUUGGGUCCCGGACACGUUCUUCGCGAACGACAAGAACAGCUUUCUGCACGACGUCACCGAGCGCAACAAGCUCGUCAGGUUGUCCGGUGACGGCUCGAUCACGUACGGCAUGAGAUUCACGACGACCCUGGCCUGUAUGAUGGACCUGCACUAUUAUCCCCUCGACUCGCAGAACUGCACCGUAGAGAUCGAGAGCUACGGGUACACGGUGCUCGACGUAGUAAUGUACUGGAAGGAAACCCCCGUUCGUGGGGUCAAGGAUGCGGAAUUGCCGCAGUUCACGAUAAUCGGCUACGAGACCAACGAUCGGAAGGAGAAGCUGGCUACCGGCAUCUACCAGAGGCUCUCGUUGAGCUUCAAGCUCCAGAGGAACAUCGGCUACUUCGUAUUUCAGACAUAUCUGCCGAGUAUACUGAUCGUGAUGCUCAGCUGGGUCAGCUUCUGGAUCAAUCACGAAGCCACCAGCGCGAGGGUGGCUCUCGGAAUCACGACGGUGUUGACGAUGACAACAAUAUCGACGGGUGUUAGGAGCUCACUGCCACGGAUCAGUUACGUGAAAGCCAUCGACAUUUACCUGGUGAUGUGCUUCGUGUUCGUGUUCGCGGCCCUGUUGGAAUACGCGGCGGUCAAUUAUACGUACUGGGGCGCCCGGGCGAAAAAGAAGACCAAGAAGAAGGAGACCGACGAGAGGAAAGUGCUCUCCUCGAAGCCCGGCAGCAAAGCCAGCUCGCCGUUUCCCGGCUCUACAGACGCGGACAUUAUAGAGCUGCAGGAUCUCCGAAUGUCGCCGUUACCGAGCAUCAGAAAUAGGUCGGGCUUGGUCAGCGCUUCGUCGACGCCCGGAGCCGGAAGAGAUCACGACCCAGCCAAGUUUCCACCGAGCUUUCGCAUCUCCAGGGCCGCCGCUUAUAAUACGCACACCCGAAACAGCGGCCUCAGGUACAGAGGCCCGAGACCGCACAAGCCAAAGGUGUUACACGCCAUACGCAGAGGAGCCUCCGUGCUGCGCGUAUCGAUGCCUAAGAUCAAGGACGUAAACGUGAUAGACAAGUACUCGCGAAUCAUCUUCCCGGUCAGCUUCAUGCUGUUCAACGCCGUGUAUUGGGUCUUCUAUUUUCUCUGAACGGACAUCAACACGUCUCACCGGGCCUCGUCUGGGCCCCGAGGACCAAUCAAUUCGGGAAGGUCCUCGCGUCCUCUCGCGUUUUCGAGUUGCGAUACGCGUCGAACGGUGUAACAUUUCUCGCGGGGACGAUAGUCCACCGACUUAGCAGGUGAUGAAAGUACUGAAUUGAAAGCUGCCACGAAACACUUAACGAUAAAAAUUAAACGAACGCGGAUGGACAUGUGUCGUAUGCGUGUGUGUAUGUGUGUGUGUAUGUGUUGUGUGCCAAAACAACAGCGUUCACGAGAUUUUCGUUAAUUCGAUUGCGAUUCUUUCGGUAAUUAGAAAGUACACAGUAUAGCGAUAAGCGACACGGACGAGCGACAAUAUGUUCCUAACGAAGCAUGAUAGCUUUGUCGCGGAAGAAACGUCAAUAGGCACUAAUUUGGGUGACAGUUCAUGGCGAAAUACAAAAAGAAAUUAUAACAUAUGAAGAUCAAAUUGCUCCCGCGAUAAUAAAAGUGAUCUAAGUCAUGACUCUUGUAUAUUAUAGAGGUAAAUAAGUUUCUACGUUUCUCCUACGUAUUAAAAGAUACGCUUGGAAAAUCAAAAUUAAUCUUAAGUGUACGGAAAGAUUCUUCUCGCGAAAAAUAUCGCUUAACUUGAUUUUUCCAUACUUGUGACUUGGAUUACUUUCAUCGUCGUGUCGAUUAAUUUACAGACACAUUAAACAAUCCGGGCCGCAAAAAAAAAAA